UUUAAAUCAUAUGGUCUUGUCAAGCUGUUAAUAUAAUAAUGUAGAAAAAAAGAUGUUUUGUAUCCAUAUGAUAAUAGAAUACGAUUAAGAACAUUACAGAGAAAAAAAAAAAAAAAGGAAAUUGGAUUUAUACAUCCCUCAAAAUGCUUAGAAAUCUGACCUAUGCAUUCAAAUCUUCCUCAUAUGUCUACCCACUUGUCCGUCUGCCUCUCAACGGAAUGAAAUAUUCGACCAAAGGGCCAAAUCAGGAAGGACCCACAGAGGAAGAGCUCACUGAGGAAGGACCCGCAGAGAAAUCGGCCCUUGACCAAUCAUUCAAUGUUCCCCAUAUCAACAAGAGUAUCAAAGAUGUUCUCAAAGAUUUAGAUGAAAUGGAAACAAUGGUGCACAAAAGGAGUUGGUCAAAUUUGGGAGAUAUCUUAAGCCGUAUAAGAGAUAAGAUAACCAGUCUGCUCGGCAAGGUCGAGAAGAAAAGUGUUCCCGAAGAAAAGAGCUCGUGGUGGGGAAAUAAAGAGGAGAAGUAACCAAGAGAUGUCUGACUGAUAAAAUUUAAUAAAGGUUUAUAAAUUACUUUAUUUUAAAUAUAUAAAAAUUAAGGAGGUAGUUAAUGUACGUUUAAAGUUUAAAUCUAUACAUAUACAUGUAGGGAGUAUCUCAGUUAAAAAU